AAAUAAUUAUAUUUUAAAAAAACAAAAAUGUGUUGGUGUGUACGUGCGAUUUGAUUGAAUGAUUUCUGGAAGUUCGCACACUGUUUUACUUGUUUUAUUCCUGAUGGUGGAAAUUAUUUUAAAUCAGGAUGGAUCGUAGAGUAAAAAGAAGGAUAUGGGAGUCAAAACGAGCAGCUAGACCAGAACUAAGAGAUAGCUAUGAUUGGGAGAGACACAACUAUUAUGACUACUUUGAUUGUGGACUGGAGUCAUUUCAAGACAAUGCGACACGUGUUGACGCCCGAUGCACGUCGGAAGAAGAAUUUGUUGACAAGUUUGAGAAACCCAUGCUGCCAUGUGUUAUAGUUCAUUGCCAGGAUAAUUGGCAAGCAGAAAAAAAAUGGACAUUAGAGCGUCUGAUCAAGAAAUACAGAAAUCAACGAUUCAAAUGUGGAGAAGACAACGAAGGCUACUCGGUUAAAAUGAAAAUGAAGUAUUACGUGGACUACAUGCAGUACACAAAGGAUGACAGUCCACUCUAUAUAUUUGACAGCAGCUUCGGUGAUCAUCCCAAAAAGAAGAAGCUGAUGGAAGAUUAUGAAGUACCAAAAUAUUUCCGAGAUGAUUUAUUUAAGUUUGUUGGUGAAGAUAAGAGGCCUCCGUACAGAUGGUUUGUAAUGGGUCCAAAGCGCUCAGGCACUGGCAUCCACAUUGACCCUCUGGGUACCAGCGCUUGGAAUGCACUUGUCAAGGGACAUAAAAGAUGGUGCAUGUUCCCAACUCAUACACCCAAGGAGCUAAUAAAAGUGAAGCCUGAAGAGGGCGGCAAACAGAUUGAUGAAGCUAUAACGUGGUUCAAUGUAAUCUACCCAAGAACAAAACAGUCGUCAUGGCCACAAGACUGCAAACCUAUUGAAAUUCUACAGGGUCCAGGCGAGACAGUUUUUGUACCAGGUGGCUGGUGGCAUGUUGUAAUCAACCUGGAUGAUACAAUUGCUAUUACUCAGAACUUUGCAAGUAAUACUAACUUCCCGAUUGUAUGGCACAAGACAGUCCACGGGAGACCAAAACUAUCCAAGAAAUGGAUAAGUGCGCUGAAGAGAGAGUUACCACACUUAGCAGAAGUGGCUGACCUUGUUGACCUCAAUAAGCCAACUCAUAUACAAUCAGAUAGCUCAAGUGGGUCAUCGUCAUCAAGCAGCUCAUGCUCAGAGAGUGCAGACGACGAAAAGGGAGAGAAGGAACACGAUAGACGCUCAAAAAGACGGAAAACAUCGAUGAUGAAUAGCAAUGACUCUGAAGAGGAGCAUCGGGAUGUUGAGGAAGACGAGGAUUGUUCCAAUCAGAGAUGACAGCAACUUAGAUCUUACAAAUCAUUAUAACAGAAUUAUAACAACGAUGGCCUACAGCUUUACGUAGAUACUUUUGUGCAAGAACAUUGUCAAGUAGUUGUUAGUGUUAUUAGCAGCUUGAGUACUUUGAUGACCAACGCAGAUAAAAUCAUGACUUUAUAUAGACGUUGCUAUGAUUAAAGAAGGCAUUCGAGUCUACACUCCCACCUAAGAAUUCUAUGGUAGUACAUGCCCACCAAACUAUUUUGCAGGGUAGUAGUGCUGAAUGUGCCUUAAAGUUGAAGACUAACCUUAUAUUGCAACAUCUACACAGUGAACAAUUGCAAUGGCCCUGUCACACCUUGACGAUUUAGCCAGCGUAUGCCAACGUAUGAAAAAAAUGGCGAAUACGCUGGCGUACGCUGAAUAAGUUAUUGGUAAGUUUCGUAUAAGCUAAGCAUGCUGGUAUACGUCCUGGUACAGCGACUACAUCGAAAAGUUUUUUGCAUGCACAAAACUUUUCGACAUAUGCCAGUGUAUGGCUUGUAGGCAAGUUAAGCGAUCGUUGACACACGUUACUUGUAAGUUACUCAAAAGUCAAAACGUAUUUCUAACCUAUGAGUAAUGUGCUUCGAACUUAUAUGUAACUUAUAACAAACUUAUCUCCAAUGUAUGUAGACAUAUUUGACGUGUUCCAGAAGACCACAAAACUUACAGUUAUCGUAUAAUGGCGUAUUGGUAGCGUUUAAGGGAAUAGGUAUAUUAAAAUGGGGCGAUGUCUAGUGUGGUUAUGAUUUGAAUCAACGAGCGGCAGCCUUUUUAUAGGUUACAUCACAUGGUCAUCGUCGAUACGCGGCCGCGCAUAAGGUAGACGCCGGCAACACACUAAGCAUUCGUUUGUGUAAGUUUCCUAUAAGUUACUAAUAGGUUAUUUAUACUUCAAACUGUUUUUGUUAUGUAUUGGAAGUUGACAGCUUGUUUCGAGUAGUUAAUUGAAUUUUGAGGUUUUCCUGAUUUCACCAGAGCAUUUAUCCCUAACACCCUGACAUGUAAUGAAGAUAAAAGUAUUGUAUACAUGUUUUUAUAGUCAUUGUACUUGGUCUGUGUAAUUGCUAUUAACUAGAAUAGAACAAUAGAGAAGCUACCACUAAAUAUAUAUAUAUAUAUAUAUAUAUAUAUAUAUAUAUAUAUAUAGUGACAAUAGAAUGAUGAAUAAUAAAAGUAAUCUUACAAUAAACCAUCCAGUAAAAAAUUUAAAACUGUUGAAUAUGAUUGCAAUCUUGUAAUUGUUAUAUAAUUUUUAUUCGUCCAUAGCCACUCAUGUGUUUCCAUCCUAUACUUUAUACUAUCAAAUACAGAAAUGUAUGUAGAGAGUUUUCCAUAGGGCAUAUUUUUAUUCUACAAAUGUGUGCUUUGUACAUUAUUCUUGUUAAAGGUGCAUAAAAUGAUUGGUCAAAAUACAUCUCAAUAAUUAUGAAUGCAAAUUAUUUAUGAAACCAUAAUCAUAAUUUGGGUGAAAAAACUGAGGUACAGAGUGUUACUAAUUUUAGAAAGUUUCUAUUAUAUUACUUAGAUGUGAAAUUUGAAUGCUUUAUAAAUGUGUUCAUGUACUGUUAGUGAUUAAUAUUGAGGUUAAAGUUACCUUUUCUGUUUCAAUAACCCCUUAUGAAUGGCUUAAUAAAUACUAUCUUAUUAUAACUCUUGACUCAUA